AUGGUUCCCAAACACCGCUUCUUGUUUCCCUCGAAGGAAGGAAUGAAAGCGCAGCAGUUUAUUUUCUCUCCAAAGGAGCAGAUCCAAAUGCGAUGGACAUCUCGGGUACUUAUACAAUAUUGUGCAGAUGUCAACAAGCCUUCAACUUGGGGGACACCGGUUCAACAAGUCGCACGAGAGGUCUUUCGGCAUCCUAGCGCUCUAGAAAAACACCGAUUACUUCUGGCAGCUGGCGCCGACGUGAAGGCUUCAAAUGGAAGGGCUACAUUUCAAGUAGCAGUGUCUGGCUACAGAGUGAAGCUAGCGAAGCUUCUUAUUGGAGCAGGCGCCAAUGUCAAUGCUCCAGGGACCGGGAUGACUGCACUUCAAGCAGCCGUGGGUAAUCGUGAUACAGAGUUGGCAAAGCUACUUGUCAGAGCCGGAGCCAAUGUAAACACAGCCCCGACCGGGUACAGUGCCCUUCAGUUGGCUAUCGCCAGGAACAACGUGGAGCUGGCCAAGCUUAUUGUCCAACACGGUGCUGAUAUUGAUGCUUCGGCAUUGGGUGAGACUGCAAUUCAAACAGCUGCCAAUGUUGGGAAUCUGGAAUUGGUCAAAUACCUCAUUGACAACGGUGCAGACGUCAAUGCGAAAGCGUUUGAUUAUCGUGCGACAGCUCUUCAGUACGCCUCAAUGAAUGGCAGCAUUGAUAUGGUUAAGCUUCUUGUCGAUAAUGAAGCCUCAGUGAACACAGAACCUGCUCCUGGCUACGCAGCGACAGCCCUUCAGCUUGCGGUCAAGUACAAUCGCACUCAAGAGGCCAUAUAUCUUAUCGAGCGCGGUGCCUCUUUAGAGGUGCUUUCCUCCUCUCCAGAGAAGACUACACUUCUCCAGCUCGCCGCAAAACAGGGGAAUCACAGAAUUGUCAUUUGGAUGGUUGAAAAUGGAGCGACGGCCGAUGAAGCACCCCCGACUGAAAGAGGGGCAACUGCUCUUCAGUUUGCAGCUAUCAAUGGCAACAUCAAGAUGGCUGUUUUCCUUAUCGAGAAUGGGGCUCGUGUCAGCGCCAAAGGAGCAGAGAUUGAUGGAAGAACUGCACUUGAAGGAGCAGCAGAACACGGUCGACUUGACAUGGUCCAUCUUCUGUUAGACAAUGACGAAGAACCUGACACAAUUGAGGAAAGGUGUCGUAAUGCAGCAGAGUUUGCAGAGGCUGAACACCAUGACGUGAUUGCUAGGAUAUUGAGAAACUAUAAGAGACCAUAA